UCGCCGCUCACACACCCGGAUGUGCUGGAAAUGUUUGGAGCUCCUCUUCGACUACGCGCUCGGAAAACAUGUCAUAAUUCCGGUUAACGACUCGCUUUUGGCUCGUGCGUCGACACCCGCGGAUGGUUUUGUUACCCAACCAUGAGUUGGAUUUAAGACGGAUCUUUUCGAUGUUGAUUCGAGGAUGCAAGAAGCAGAUGAACAGUCAGAAGGGGCUCAGUAUGCCAGCAACAAAAGAUCCACCUCUUCUGCGCUCUGGUCAGGAAGCCAAACACAUCUGCACCAACUCCAUCCUCCAGAGCCUCUACAUGCCCCAGCCACCACUGGCAAACCUGUUGGUUCCUCUCGUGGACUCGUGGGGGCCUCCACUGGUGCUCAAGCCGCUGGCUCCGGCGUCAGUCCCGUCCUGGCCUGGCAUGCUGCGAUUACUGCAGCUCGCCAAGCACAGGGGGAUGUGGACAAGCUGGACAUGACUUCACAGCCAGUCGGCACCACUGGAGCUGCUCCUGCUGGCUCACUGGCACAGAGGAAGAGGCAACAAUAUGCCAAAAGCAAAAAACAGGGAGGAUCCACGAACAGCAGGCCACCCCGAGCUCUUUUCUGCCUCACCCUCAACAACCCCAUCCGCCGAGCCUGCAUCAGCCUGGUGGAGUGGAAACCGUUUGAUAUCUUUAUACUCUUGUCUAUUUUUGCCAACUGCGUGGCCUUAGCCAUCUACAUCCCUUUCCCUGGAGACGACUCCAACUCUACUAACCAAGAGCUUGAAACAGUAGAAUAUGCCUUCCUGAUUAUUUUCACAAUUGAAACUUUUCUGAAGAUUAUUGCCUAUGGCUUGGUCAUGCACCAAAACUCCUACGUCCGAAAUGGCUGGAACAUGCUGGACUUUGUCAUCGUCAUUGUCGGGUUGUUUAGUGUAGUUCUGGAGAUGAUAACCAAAGACGCUGACUCUGGUGGCCAGUCUGGAGGCAAACCUGGGGGGUUCGAUGUCAAGGCCCUCCGAGCCUUUCGCGUCCUUCGACCCCUUCGCCUUGUCUCUGGUGUUCCUAGUUUACAGGUGGUUUUAAACUCCAUCAUAAAAGCCAUGGUCCCUCUUCUCCACAUUGCUCUCCUGGUUCUCUUUGUCAUCAUCAUUUAUGCCAUUAUUGGUUUGGAGCUCUUCAUCGGUAAAAUGCACGCCACGUGCUACGUAAUUCAAACAGGUCUCCUCGCAGAGGAAGAACCUACACCAUGUGCGGUGUCGGGACACGGACGCCACUGCCUGCCAAACGUUACCGUGUGUAGAGAGGGAUGGCAGGGCCCAAAUAACGGCAUCACCAACUUCGAUAAUUUCCUCUUUGCCAUGCUGACGGUGUUCCAGUGUAUCACCAUGGAGGGCUGGACCGACGUUCUCUACUGGAUGAAUGAUGCGAUGGGCUUCGAGCUGCCGUGGGUUUACUUCGUCAGUCUCGUCAUCUUUGGUUCCUUCUUUGUUCUUAACCUAGUUCUGGGAGUGUUAAGCGGAGAGUUCUCCAAAGAGCGAGAAAAGGCCAAAGCUCGGGGCGACUUCCAGAAGCUGCGUGAGAAGCAGCAGCUGGAGGAAGAUCUGAAGGGGUACCUGGACUGGAUCACUCAGGCAGAAGACAUCGACCCAGAGAAUGAAGAAGAGGGAGAUGAAGAGGGCAAGCGGAACCGGGUCACACUUGCUGACCUCACUCAGAAGAAGAAAGGGAAGUUUGGCUGGUUCACUCAGUCCACAGAAACUCAGGCGAGCAUGCCAACGAGUGAAACCGAGUCAGUGAACACCGACAAUCACAACGGAGAGGAUGACAUCUCACCCUGCUGUGGGCCGUUAUGUCAAAAAAUCACUAAGUCAAAGUGCAGUCGUCAGUGGCGCCGGUGGAACCGCUUCUGUCGGAGGAAGUGUCGGGCAGCUGUGAAAUCGGUGACCUUUUACUGGCUGGUCAUCAUCUUGGUGUUCCUCAACACACUGACAAUCGCGUCAGAGCAUUACAACCAGCCAGACUGGCUGACUGAAGUGCAAGAUGUAGCCAACAAAGUUCUUCUGGCCAUGUUCACGCUAGAGAUGCUUGUGAAGAUGUACAGUUUAGGUCUGCAAGCUUACUUCGUGUCCCUUUUUAAUCGCUUUGACUGUUUCGUGGUGUGUGGGGGCAUUGUGGAGACCAUCCUGGUGGAGCUGGCCAUCAUGUCUCCUCUGGGCAUUUCUGUGUUCCGCUGUGUUCGCCUGUUGAGGAUCUUCAAGGUUACACGGCAUUGGGCGUCACUAAGUAACUUGGUAGCAUCUCUGCUCAACUCCAUGAAGUCCAUCGCCUCCCUCUUGCUCCUUCUCUUCCUCUUCAUCAUCAUCUUCUCGCUGCUCGGCAUGCAACUAUUCGGGGGAAAGUUCAACUUUGAUGAGACUGUGACCAAAAGAAGCACGUUUGAUAAUUUCCCUCAGGCGCUGCUCACCGUGUUUCAGAUCUUGACAGGUGAAGACUGGAAUACUGUCAUGUAUGACGGCAUCAUGGCGUACGGUGGUCCAGCCUCAUCUGGAAUGGUGGUCUGCAUUUACUUCAUAAUUCUCUUCAUCUGUGGAAACUACAUCCUGCUGAAUGUCUUCUUGGCCAUCGCUGUGGACAACCUCGCAGAUGCAGAGAGUCUCAACACAGCCCAGAAGGAGGAGGAGGAGGCCAAGAAGAGGAGGAACAGUGCAAAAGAGGCGUUUACAGAUCAGAAGAGAGUGGAGGUCACUGAAGACAUGGCUGGAGAGACCAAGGUUCCUGCAGACGACUUACCGGAAGAAGACAAACAGCUGUAUCCUGCCAUUGAGUCACCAGAGAGCCAAGUGGAAGAUGAAAACGACGAGCUCCAAGAUGUUCCAGUCGGCCCACGUCCGAAAAGACUGUCUGAACUCACCAUUAAAGAGAAGGUCCCGCCCAUCCCUGAGGGCAGCGCCUUCUUUAUUUUCAGCAGAACAAACCCCAUCCGUGUCUUCUGUCACAAACUGAUCAACCAUCAGAUCUUUACCAACCUCAUCUUGGUCUUCAUCAUGCUGAGCUCUGUCUCGCUGGCUGCUGAAGACCCCAUACGCAACUUCUCUGCUCGCAACAUUAUACUUGGUUAUUUUGACUAUGCUUUCACGGCAAUCUUUACUGUUGAGAUCCUGUUGAAGAUCCUAGGCUAUGCAGACUAUGUCUUCACUAGUAUGUUUACAUUUGAGAUCCUUAUUAAGAUGACGGCAUUUGGGGCUUUUCUUCAUAAAGGAGCUUUCUGCAGAAACUACUUCAACCUAUUAGACCUGCUGGUUGUUGGAGUGUCUCUUGUCUCCUUUGGGAUUCAAUCUUCAGCAAUCUCUGUUGUCAAGAUCCUUCGUGUUUUACGUGUCCUUCGUCCUCUCAGGGCCAUAAAUAGAGCGAAAGGACUGAAGCAUGUGGUCCAGUGUGUGUUUGUAGCUAUCAGGACAAUCGGCAACAUUAUGAUCGUCACAACACUACUCCAGUUCAUGUUUGCCUGUAUCGGUGUGCAGCUGUUUAAGGGUAAAUUCUACAGAUGCACAGAUGACGCCAAGUCCAGUCCAGAGGAGUGCAAGGGGACCUACAUUCUCUACAACAAUGGAGACACGACACAGCCGAUGAUUAGGGAGAGAAUCUGGUACAACAGCGACUUCAAUUUUGACAAUGUCCUCAUGGCCAUGAUGGCGCUUUUCACUGUCUCCACCUUCGAGGGAUGGCCCACUUUGUUGUACAAGGCAAUCGACUCUAACAGAGAGAACAUGGGUCCCAUCUACAACUACCGUGUGGAAAUCUCCAUUUUCUUCAUCAUCUACAUCAUCAUCAUCGCCUUCUUCAUGAUGAACAUCUUUGUUGGUUUCGUGAUCGUCACCUUCCAGGAGCAGGGGGAGAAGGAGUACAAGAACUGUGAGCUGGACAAGAACCAGCGUCAGUGUGUGGAGUACGCGCUGAAAGCUCGCCCUCUGAGACGCUACAUUCCUAAAAACCCUUACCAAUACAAAUUUUGGUACGUGGUCAACUCUACUGGCUUUGAGUACGUCAUGUUCGUCCUCAUCAUCCUAAACACCUUGUGUCUGGCGAUUCAGCACCAUGGUCAGUCUCAUUUGUUUAACUAUGCCAUGGACAUCCUCAACAUGGUCUUCACUGGGGUUUUCACAGUGGAGAUGAUCCUCAAACUUAUUGCUUUCAAACCAAGGGGUUAUGUCGGGGACGCCUGGAAUGUCUUCGAUGCUCUGGUGGUGAUCGGCAGUGUAGUCGACAUCAUACUCAGCCAGUCGGCAGCCAUUCCUGUCGUCACAGUGAUAGUGGAUCCAGGGAACACAGAGGACAGCGCCCGCAUCUCCAUCACCUUCUUCCGCCUCUUCAGAGUGAUGCGAUUGGUGAAGCUGUUGAGCAGAGGGGAAGGCAUUAGGACCCUUCUGUGGACAUUCAUCAAAUCCUUCCAGGCUCUUCCAUACGUUGCUCUUUUGAUUGCAAUGUUGUUCUUCAUCUAUGCUGUGAUUGGAAUGCAGGUUUUUGGGAAGAUCGCCAUGGUCGAUGGAACUCAGAUAAAUCGCAACAAUAAUUUUCAAACUUUCCCUCAAUCCGUCUUGAUGCUCUUCAGAUGCGCCACAGGAGAGGCCUGGCAGGAGAUCAUGCUGGCUUGCUUGCCUGGAAAGCUGUGCGAUAUUGAGUCUGACUACAACCCUGGAGAGGAGAGAACCUGUGGGAGUGGCUUUGCCAUCAUCUACUUCAUUAGCUUCUACAUGCUGUGCGCUUUCCUGAUCAUUAACCUGUUUGUCGCCGUCAUCAUGGAUAACUUUGACUACCUGACCCGCGACUGGUCCAUACUUGGGCCGCAUCAUCUGGACGAGUUCAAAAGAAUCUGGUCAGAGUACGACCCUGAAGCCAAAGGCAGGAUUAAGCAUCUUGAUGUGGUGACGCUUCUGAGAAGGAUCCAGCCUCCUCUUGGCUUUGGCAAGUUGUGUCCUCACAGAGUUGCCUGCAAGCGAUUGGUGGCGAUGAACAUGCCUCUCAACAGUGACGGCACUGUCAUGUUUAAUGCCACGCUGUUCGCUCUGGUGCGGACUGCUCUGAAGAUCAAGACCGAAGGAAACCUGGAGCAAGCCAAUGAGGAGUUAAGAGCCGUGAUCAAGAAGAUCUGGAAGAGGACCAGCAUGAAGCUUCUAGAUCAAGUGGUGCCUCCUGCAGGCGAUGACGAGGUCACAGUGGGGAAGUUCUAUGCCACCUUCCUGAUACAGGACUACUUCAGGAAGUUCAAGAGGCGCAAAGAGCAAGGACUAGUGGGAAGACGCUCCUUUGACAGGGUGAACACCACCAUGGCUCUGCAGGCUGGUCUGCGCACGCUUCAUGAUAUCGGACCAGAGAUCCGAAGAGCUAUAUCAUGUGACCUGCAGGAGGAGGGGCUUGUAGAUGCCAAUGGGGAGGAAGAUGAGGAAAUUUACAGGCGUAACGGUGGCCUUUUUGGCAACCACGUCAACAAUGUCAGCCUGACUCCACAAAGCUCCUCUUUCCCAACUACUGUUACUCAGCGCCCCCUACAGAUCCUGCCUUAUUCUUGCAACGUCUCUAGUGAACCGUCCCAAACUGGAGUGGGGGAGAAAGAUGGAGACACAGAUAAAGAUUUGAACUUGUCCCCUGUCCCUCACGAUCAUCGCUAUCACAGCCCUCAUCAUCAUCAUCCUCACUGUAAUUCCACCUGCCAACAGUCUCCCAUUCCCUCCAAUGCCAACCUCAACAAUGCCAACAUGCCUGCACUUCUGUCCGUCUCCAAUGCGAGGCAGCGGACUUGUCCCCUACGACGAACCCGGCCGUCGUCUGCCAGAAUCCGAUCUUCUGGCUCAAUACAUAAGAAAAUAUGGAAGUCACAGUCUCUGAGAACUCGCUACUAUGAGACCUACAUUAGGUCUGAAAAUGGUAGCGGUCAUUAUCCGACAAUCCGCCGCGAGGGAGUCGCUGCUGCAGAAAGUGAUGAGGACCGAGGCUCAGGAGAGUAUUUCAGCGGUGAAGAGUUCCAUGAGGAUGACAUCAUGCUCACAAAAGAGAGAUUGUCUAACAACAUUGUCGAGGGAGCCUUUGAUCCUCACGUUGCCAGGGGAGACUCUCAGUCUGACGGUUACUAUGAGGACGACCAAAAGCUGAUCCAUCAGGAGAGCAAACGGUCGCCACGUAGAUGGUUUCUCCCGUCACCACAGGCUGUCAACAAAUCAGCGUUCACUUUCGAGUGUCUCCGUAGAAGAGGAAGCGAGGUUGAGCCUCCUCUUUCUCCAACCUGCACAGCUCUUCCGCUGCACCUGAUGCAACAGCAGGUCAUGGCAGUGGCUGGACUUGACGCCACUAAAAUUCACCGGCGCUCCCCAACACGGUCCCUACAUUCAUGGGCCACGCCCCCUGCGUCACCCGCCACUCAUGACUACUCACCAAACUACACUCCUCUAAUACAGGUGGACUGGAGGAACUCUGGAAGUGUUGGCAACCUCCCCGCUGCAGCCAAGAGAAGUUCCUGGUACACAGAUGGACAGGAAGCUUCCCCCACCAGCAGCAACCAUUCGCCAUCGCGACUCAACUUGCCUGCAGAGAAUUGCUCACGCUACCUGCAGAUGAGAGGCAGCGCCAGCAGUCUGGUGGAGGCCGCGCUGAUCUCAGAGGGUCUGGGGAAGUAUGCCAGGGACCCAAACUUUGUCUCCGUGACCAAACACGAGAUCGCGGACGCCUGCGAGAUGACCAUCGAUGAGAUGGAGAGUGCUGCUAGUAACCUGCUGAACGGGAGUAUGAGUAACGCAGAGGAGAACUUCCCAACGGACCCUCUGGCCACCGGACAGCUCAGGGACUUCAGCGACGAGGAGACGUACGUGGCUGUCAAGUGCGAGGAGGACCUGACGGAUGAGAUGAUCUGCAUCACGUCGCUAUAGCAACAGCCACACUGGAUAAUUUAGUUUUUUCCAAUUUAUUUUCUUUACACAGACACAAGAUGCAAAAGAGGAAUGAAUCAGAGAACAAAGUGCCUUGUUUUCUUUUUCUGUUUGAGUGGGGUGGACCAGAUGAAAUAUUCAGGGGGUUGGACCCGAGAUUCCAGCUCACCUGACAUCCAGCAGAAGCUCAGGACAUGUUUUUUUAAUGUUUAUUUUUACUGUUUUUGGUGAUCGAUCCUUGAAAUGAAUCCUGGUUGAAUUUAAAUUAUUUUCAGAAAAUAAAUGAGCCCUGCUGCAGAUUCACGGAGUAAAAUAUAACUGCUUGGGUAGCAAGUAGCAAAACAUUUGUGAUAAUUUAAUAACCUACCAACAACUUUGACCAUUUAUUCUCACUGCAGAAUGCUCUCAAGAUGCUCCCCAUUUCCGUAUUGAAACAGUUAAUUUAGCAUCUUAAAUCCUGUUACAAAAACAGAAUGAAAUAAUAAGGAUGUUACUGCACUUAAAAUGGAAUAUUCCCUGCUUUUACUCUCGCAUUUUUGGGACAUGUUAGUUGCCAUGUAUGAAAAAGCUUGCACAGAUGCAGGCUGUUGAGGAACUUAUUGCUUCAUAAAGUUUCUCACUGCUAAAUUAUUUUAACAUAUGAUUCGCAGUCACAUGCAGCUUUGACUAAAUUUUAUAAAUGUAAGGCUGGUGUACCAGUCAAAGGACCCAAAGGCUGCCACUUAUUGACCUGAUCUUUACAUGAACAUUUUGCUUUGAAUCUUGUGUUUUGGCUCCUAUUAUCUGCAAACGUCACCACUGUUUUAAAUUGGAAUAUUUCUACUGCGCUGGGUUUGAAGUUUCAGGCCAAAAAAAGACACUUGACUUGAUAAGAUGAUGACAUAUCAUAUUAAAAAAAUAUUCAACCUCAGGCAUAUCCUUCUGACUGACAAUCUUACAUUGCAACAAAACUCCUCUAGGAUUUGAUAAAAACAAAUAACUUAUAAAUUCAACUGUUUCUGACGAUGAGCUGUUUGGAUGAAUGUGUCAGAAGGUUUUGUUUUGUUCACUCAUGUGCUGAAUAAAGUUCUGAUUUUCAGCUGCUGCACGAGA